UGUAUGCGUUAAAUAUCAACAGUAUGUAUUUAAUUUGCGACAGAAGUCGAGUCCAUCACAAAGAGAGUAUGAUGAAAGCAUUGAAAAAAGCGAAAUAUAAAUCGGUAUUGGAUAUCUAUUUCAUGUCAACAGCUUCUGCUAAAUACCUAUCACCAUUAGAUAAUCCUCUUUGGCAUUCCAUCAAGGAAGUUAUUCGAAGCCAUCAUCCGCUUACAACAAGUAAUCUUCCAACGCUACUCUCAGAGACUUUUCUUUCGCUAUCGAAAAAUAAAAUCACAAGCGCAUUUCGAAAAUGUGCUGUUACAUAUGGAGUCGAUGUUUUUUAUGAUAAACCAUUUUGAUGUGAAUACAUUUUCUUUUAAUAUAAUUCAGAUGCAAUAGCAAACGUAGUGAAAAAAAUGCUAAUUUUUGUUUUGAUGCGGUUUUCUCGUUUCGAUUUCUAUCUGAUCCAUGAUUGUCUUAGAUCAAAAGAUGCAGUCGAGUCUACUCUUUCUUUCUAUGGGUUUGGUUUUGCAAAAAGAACAGAAAAUAGUGAAAUAAAGUGAAAAAUACUAAUAGAGGAAAACCUAUUGAGGCGCACAGUAAUAGAAUUGGAAUACAGUCAAAAGGAACGCUUAUCUCAUCAAAUCCUUCGAACCUUAUCUAUAGUUUGUUCACUAAAUCUCCAGUGCUAAAAAGAUACCUUUUUGAGUCGAAAAAUGACGGAAAAAAUCAUGAAAAAAAAACUUUCCUUAACUAAUAUCUUAAUGCGACUAAUGUGCCUCAUUGUCGUUAUUUUAGCGAACAUCAUCAUAAUGAUUGGAAUGAGUUGACAACAUGUAAAUUUAAAAAUAUUUUAUUAGAAGAAUGUGGUAAAAUUAUUGGACGAAAUUUGAUAGAGAUUUUACAUUUUAAAGACAUCAAUGAAAAAGCUAUAGCAUCAUCUACUAACGAUGAUUAUGGAAGUUCAUUUACGCGUCGUGAAGCCAAUCAAAUACGCGAUAAUCUUUAUACAGUACUGACACAAGUAUAUACCCAUGUCUGGUUUACAAUUACGCAAGAUCCAUUUCAUUCUGUUGAAGAAUUAUCAAUAGCUAAGAAAAAUGUCGUAAAACCUCAGGCUCCACCUAGCUAUCGUGCCUACUGUCGAUUUGGAUCUAUGCGUUCUUAUUCAACAUUCUAUUCACAUGGGCCACAAGAUCGUGAAUUAAGAGAGAUUAAAAUAACAACAACAACCAUAAAUGGGGCAAAAAUACCAUUAGCAAUUAGAAUUCAUUUAGCGAACUCGAUUACGAUCGGUAUUCCACUAGAAUCAAUUGAUCGGCAAAAGAUUUUGAUCAACGCUUCGAAUAUUGCCGACCGUAAUGAGGAGAUUCAAGUUGUACUCAUGCUCAAAUAUGCAGUGGCAAUUCAUCAGGAUCGUCAACAGCAACAAUAUGGAAAAGAUCAACGGUAA